AGGAGGUUCUGGCUGGAACCCACGCCGCACGCGUCGGGGGUGGGGGCCGCACGCCAACGUUGGCGGCGCCCACCCUCGGCUCGGCUGCCGCGCUCCGCGGGGCCGAUGGCGGCCGCGCCCGCUGCCCGGACGGAGGAGCCGAAGCACCCGUCGCCCGCCGCGCGCGGCCCGCGACCGCGCGCGCCGGAAGCGGCGCUGGGCGCGGCGUUGCCAUGGCCGCCGCCUUGCAGGCCUGCAGACUUGGGCAGCAGGGCCUAUGUCGUGCGGAACACCUUCCUGCACUUCCAGGACUGCGCUGAGGAGGACGUGGCCCUCCUGAGCCUGCGCCCCUCGUCGUCGGCGCCGGCGCUGCUGCCCACGCUGGCGGGCCCUGAGGUGCCGAUCGUCGAGCCGCCGUCGUCGAUCGGCGCCGAGCGGCGCACCACCGUGGUGUUUCGCAACGUGCCCUACCUGCUGACGCGGGACAUGCUCGUGAAGUUGCUGAACUCGCAGGGCUUCCGAGGGCAGUUCGACUUGGUGUACCUCCCCAUGGACUUCAGGACGAACCAGGCGCUCGGCUACGCGUUUGUCAACGCGGUGAGCGCUGAGGUCGCCAUCCGCCUCUUCGGCGUGUUCGAGGGCUUUCAGGCGUGGCCCAAGAGGAGCUCGAAGGUGUGCAGCGUGUGCUGGAGCAACCGGCAAGGCUUCGAGAGAAACCUCCAUGCUUACCUCAAACUCUCGGUCAUGCAGACGAAGUUCCCCGAUGCUUGGAAGCCAGCCUUCUUCUCGCAGGGCAGCCAAGUGCCCUUCCCCAAGCCCGCUGGUAAGAUCGCGCGCGACUCGAAGAAUCCCCGCGGCGCUGGCGACGCGCCGCGGAUCUGAGAAGUGCGCAGCAAGGGCAGGCUUCCAGCAGCACGACAUGGAUCUGCCCCGAUGGCGGAAGGUGAGGAUCAGGAGGAGAA